AUGAGUAAAGAUGAGAAGAUCGACAAAAUCUAUGACAUGCUAUCUGAUCUCACCAAGGACGUCGCCCAAACUAAACUUAUUGCACACACCGCGAGUGCCACAGCCGAGAAAGCGAUGGAGGCCGUCAGGGAGGUCAGGGACACCGUCAAGCAGGUCGAAGCUUCGAAUACGGCACUACAGAGGGACGUACAGGACAUCAAGAACAAGCUACACCAGGACAUGGAGUAUCCUCAGAUCACGAAGGUCUACGACGACAGAGCCAAGCAAGACAUGCUUUCUGACCUGAUCACCGAGGCGGGCAAAGCGGUUCUGGAAUUGCAUCCAGACGAAACGAAGAUCUCGCACAACGGCAACCGACCACCACGCGGCAUGCACGCGCCCGACAGCGUGACUGUUCAUGACAUGACGAUCGAG